GCAGGAUGGGAGCUGUCUUUGAUGGUCUUCUUUGCCCUGCUAAGGCAGCGGGAGGUGUAGAUGUCCAUCAGGGAGGGGAGAGGGCAGCCAAUGAUCCUCUGCGCUGUCCUGGUUACCCUCUGAAGCCUCUCCCUGUCUGCCAUGGUGCAGCUGCCAUACCAUGCUGUAAUGCAGUAUGUCAGCAGGCUCUCGAUGGACGAGCGGUAGAAGGUCAGCAGCAGGUUAGAGUCCAGGUUGUGCUUCCUGAGGACUCUCAGGAAGUGCAGCCACUGCUGAGCCUUCUUGAUGACCGCUGUCGUGUUGUCCGUCCAGGAGAUGUCAGCAGCGAUAUGGACACCGAGAAACCGGAAGGUGUUGACCCUCUCCACACACUCGCCGUUGAUGUGUAGGGGGGCAUCAAAUUGUCCCUAGUGUGUGCAGGAUAGUGUUGAUGUGCGGGGAUCGCUGGUCGGUGCGGGCUAGGUUGAUCGAAGGGCCGGUUUUUGUGCUGUAUCUCUAAACUAAAAACUAAAACUAAAACAAACGUCUUCUCUCUUUCAGGAUAUUAAUAAUAUUCUUGGCCGGUGUGAAAACAUGCAGUUCCAGAGGGCCGCCAGAGUUUCCAUUGACCUCAGGCAAGAUGAUUUCAGCGGCCCCUUUCAGUUCAACCUGUGGAAACGGAUGCUGAAGCUAAUUAAUCCAGUCCCAAUCAAACUGAAGCUGAAUCCGGACACUGCGCAUCCGAGACUCAUCCUGUCCAGUGACCUAACAGCCAUCAGACUUGGUGCUAAACAGAAGGUCCCUGACAAGCCAGAGCGAUUUGUGCAGUGGCACGGUGUCCUGGCAUCUCAGGGCUUCAAUACUGGGAGCCACUACUGGGAGGUCGAGGUCGGAAGGAACACCAUGUGGAGUGUGGGAGUGGUAAAAGCAUCGGUAUUGAGGAAAGCGGGAGUUCACACCGGAACCAAAAUCUGGUGCCUGGUUAUUGUGGCGUCUGGGAGAGGAAUAUACCACUAUGUCUUCACCACGUACUGCCCUACCUGUUCCAGUCAAACCCCAGAGAUUGGGCAUCUACCUGAACUAUGAGGCUGGCCAGGUGACACUGUACAAUGCUGAUGACAUGUCACAUCUGUACACUUUCAGGGACAAAUUCACUGAGAAACUCUAUCCUUUCUUCUUAACGGGUUGCAAAAUUGAUUCAUUGCAAAUAGUCCACGUGAAUAUAUAGGUUUAUUUGGUUUAUCCUGCAACCAACCUUUAUGGGGAGACAGUUGGGACGGGCCUACUUCCAGCGGUUAUCAAUGUUAAUCAGCGAGUCCAACACUGAUAAGUCGUUCCAACACCAUCUCUACCUGUAAACUAUUAUUAAUAGUGUUUAACUCCAUAUAUCUACUAGAUGGCCGGGGGACCCAUUGGAUCCCUGUCACACGAAAGUCCCAUUCCGCCAACGCAAUAUUCCACCACACUGCGCAUGCACGCCUGACGGGCCCGCACUGUGCAGGCGCGACUGCCGCAUUCAAAGUUGUGCCGUUGACGGCAGAAAUUAAGUUAAAGUUAAUAAAGUGAAUAGAGAACCCGUGGAGCAGCUUGUAAAAUAGAACAAAACUUACUUGUGGAGACGUUGGGUCUCCGUUGUGAGGCCAGGCAAAUGCAAACAAAGUAAUUGGGAUGUCAAGAUGGCGGCGGGCCAGCUGCGCAGGCACAUUGUGACGUCGAACGUGACUGACGGGCAGGGCAAGUGGGAAAGUGGUUUAGAUCCCAUUGUGAUGUCUUUGUGACGUCGAACACGGCUAAUGGGCAGGGCAAGUGGUAAAGUGUUUUUUGUACAUUUUAAAAUGUCAAUAACUUAUAAAAUAUAACAUAAAUCUGAAUGAAACUUGUUUCAUUUACAUCGCAGGACAAUGGUGAAUAAGGUGGGCCAAAAAUUGGAGGCCUAUUUUUCUCAACUUAAAUAUGCACAAAAUUCUGGAAUGCAGAUAAAAGAGCAGCAAAUCUAUAGGCUUCAAAGCUAAUUAUUAGAAGUUAACGUGAAGGAGACUUCACAGGCUAGUUAAAAGAAGGCUUUGAAGCCAAUUAUAAAAAGUUAAUGUGAAGAACUCUUUUAGAAUGUCUGAUAUUGAGGUUACUAUGUUCAUAAGUGUGUGUGUACGGGUGAUCACAAGUUGGCAUGAACUCUAUGGGCCGAAGGGCUUGUUUCUGUGCUGUAUCAUUCAAUUCAAUUCAAUAAAUCAUCUUUAACUUAUUCUAGGUUUUGUCCAAAUGAAUCAUUGGCGGCACAGUGACGCAGCGGUAGAGUUGCGGCUUUAUAGCGCCAGAGAGCCAAGUUUAAUCCUGACUAUGGGUGCUGUCUGUGUAGAGUUUGUACAUUCGAAUAUUCGAAAAAUAGAAUUUUUCGAAGAUGUAACUAGUAGAGUGGAGAACCAGUGGAUGUGUUAUAUCUGGACUUCCAGAAGGCUUUCGACAAGGUCCCACAUAAGAGAUUAGUUUACAAACUUAAAGCACACGGUAUUGGGGGUUCAGUAUUGAUGUGGAUAGAGAACUGGCUGGCAGACAGGAAGCAAAGAGUAGGAGUAAACGGGUCCUUUUCACAAUGGCAGGCAGUGACUAGUGGGGUACCGCAAGGCUCAGUGCUGAGACCACAGCUAUUUACAAUAUAUAUUAAUGAUUUGGACGA